ACUCUCUCUUUACAAUAACCACAAACAACAAUACUUCUCUUGACGUAUAUCUCUUUCUCAUCAUCACCAUUAAUUACCUUCUUAACUCCUCUCUUCCAAGAAAUUUAAACCCUAAUCUUCAACCAAUCCAGAAAUGCAAAUGCUAAGAACCCUAAGCACGAGGACAAGGAGCCGUCGUAGCGGAUACGACCGUGUAAGCGAUAAUUCCACAUUUAGCUUAAUCGGAGCAAAGCUAAGGAGGUCAACUAGCGUUCCGUAUUAUGCUCCAUCGAUAAGGCUUGGUGGAGACUUUCCUGCGAUUUUGGAAAAGCUUCCACGCCAAAAACCAACUAAGACAGUGGUGACAAGCAAAUUGAGCCAUCCAAUCUUCAGUUUAUUUGAUGGUUAUCGCCGCCGUAGCAAGAAGAAAGCGACGGCUAAACCAGAGUUCUCUAGGUACCAUGAAUACCUUAAAGAAAGUGGAAUGUGGGAUUUGAGAUCUAAUAGUCCGGUCAUCUACUUUAAGUAGAUGUAUAUAUGUUAUGAUUUGUGUUCAUUUAUUAUAUUAUUUGUGACAAUCUUAGUGAUAUGAUUGAUCGAUCUAUAAGAGCUAUCUUCAGUUUUUAUUUUU